AUCAGCCCCCUCUCUCUACCUUGAUGCCCACCUACCUAUCCUAUCCCUCCCCCUCUGUCAGCCCCACAACUGUGCGUCUCUUAUAGCACCUCCUUCUUUCUCCCUCACUGGCUCUUUGAUUCACAGGGUGCCCCAACUUCCCCCGUCGUUGACUUUUCUGUGUUCUGUCUCCUCCCUUUCCUCAUUUCUCCACACUGACCAGCACAGAGCAGCGUUGUGAGCACCACCAGCCCAUCAGAGUACUGACAGACAUUUCAUCCCACCACCUAAAGAAAGUUAUAUUAAGAGAGUUCCGCAAUGAUGCAGGCCAACGGGGAGGAUCCGCAGAAAGCGCAACGAAGCCUCCGGCAGAUCCGGGCCAACAUCCAGUCCCGUUCGCUGCUGGCCAGAAAGAGAAUGUCAAACAUUACCAAGAAUGACGUGAAGAGCUUCUUCAUAAGGAACGCCUUUGUCAUAUUCACUGUGGCGGCUGUCGUCUUUGGUAUCAUUCUGGGGUUUGCCCUGCGACCUUACAAAAUGUCCUACCGUGACAUCAAGUUCUUCUCUUUUCCCGGAGAGCUGCUGAUGAGGAUGCUACAGAUGCUGGUGAUGCCCCUGCUGGUGUCCAGCCUCAUUACAGGUAUGGCUGCACUAGACAGUCGCGCAUCAGGUAAAAUGGGCUUGAGGGCGGUUGUGUACUACACCACCACCACGGUUAUUGCCGUGUUCAUUGGCAUCGUCAUGGUGCUCGUCAUCCACCCUGGCAAAGGCUCCAAGGACGAGUUCACCAAUCAACAGCAAAUCGAGCGUGUUAGUCCCGCUGACGCCUUUCUGGACCUUAUCAGGAAUAUGUUCCCUCCGAACCUUGUGGAAGCCUGCACCAAACAGUUCAAGACACACUAUGCCAAGAGGGUGAUCCAAAUCAAUGUGACGGUCAACGACUCAGUGCUUAACGGGAGCCAGAUGAUAACGAGGGAGGAGAUGAUCCCCGUGCCGGGUGCAGUCAACGGGGUCAACGCGCUUGGCCUGGUGGUCUUUUCCAUGUGCUUCGGGCUGAUCAUCGGGAAAAUGGGGGACCAAGGACAGCCCUUGAGGGACUUCUUCGACUGUCUCAACGAGGCCAUCAUGAGGCUGGUGGCCAUCAUCAUGUGGUAUGCGCCCAUCGGUAUCCUGUUUCUGAUCGCGGGUAAAAUCGUGGAGAUGGAUGACAUCUCGUCAAUGGGCGGCCAGCUGGGAAUGUACACAAUCACUGUCAUUAGUGGCCUGCUCAUCCACGCCAUUGUGGUCCUGCCCACAAUCUACUUUGUGGUCACUCGAAAGAACCCUUUCAUCUUCAUCUUGGGGCUGCUCCAGGCUCUCAUCACGGCAUUGGGAACAUCUUCCAGUUCCGCCACCUUGCCAAUCACGUUCAAGUGCCUUGAGGAAAACAACAAAGUAGACAAGCGCAUAACUCGCUUUGUACUCCCCGUGGGCGCCACCAUCAACAUGGACGGCACCGCUUUGUAUGAAGCGCUGGCGGCCAUCUUUAUCGCUCAGGUGAACAACUAUGACCUCAACUUUGGGCAGAUUCUCACCAUUAGCAUCACAGCCACAGCAGCCAGCAUCGGAGCGGCCGGUAUCCCGCAGGCGGGCCUGGUUACCAUGGUGAUAGUGCUCACCUCUGUGGGCCUGCCCACUGAUGACAUCACACUCAUCAUCGCCGUUGAUUGGUUCCUGGACCGACUGCGCACCGUUACUAAUGUCCUGGGGGACUCCAUCGGGGCUGGUGUCGUGGAGCAUCUAUCUCGUCACGAGUUGGCCAAAGACCCAGAGGAGGUCCACUCGGUAGCAGCUGAGGAAGCGGACAUGAAACCCUACCGGCUCAUCCACCAGGAGAACGAUUACGAGAAUGAGAGGCCUACCACUGUCAGCGAGACCAAAAUGUAGCAGGUUUUGUUUGUUGCCUCUUUUCUUUUUUACAAAGUCAAAAUCUUCCACUACAGAACUUGACACUUCUUCAAAAUGAUCAAAAGGUGUUUGCAAGGGCUUUGGCAUCAUCUUGCAGCUUGAUUCAGCCAAUAUUUGAAGACAGGUUCCACAGAAAACAAUGGAAAUUUGUGAAUGAAUCACAAAUUGUUGGGGGUUCCCUAUAUGCUGUUGCUUGGCAACUGUUGACUCAAGCUCAACGGGCAUGGUUGCCGUGGGCCCCGAUUUUACCAAGCAAUACACUUCCAUAGGAUCUUUUUUUUUUUUUUUUUUGCAUUUCCAUUGUCAAAAUAACUUAUUCGUACCAAACAUUUUUUUCCCACACUUGGUUGGUGUACCAGCCUCUGUGGUACCGUACCAAAUGUCAUGUUUCCACUGCACAGUACUGAUUCAAGUGGAUAACCUUGGAAACAACAAAGAAGAAUAACAAGGGUCUCCUGUGUUAACAGGUCAGACAGAAAUUUUACUUGUGGGCAGCUACAGCAAAGUGGAGACACUAAAGCCUCCAGAGCUACGCUAAACUCACAUUAGCAUGUUUGAUUACUUUUGUCAUUUGUUAUCUGAAGUAGUUGAAUGUAUUUCUAAUAUUAAUAUUGGUAGCCAGGUACAGUGCAGUUGAAAAGGUUCAUAUAGGUCUGUCUAUUUUUUGGGGAUGGGAGGUCAAUUUGUGCUUUUAUAUACAUAAACUCUUAGUAAAGAGAAAUUUACGAAGUUAGUCAUUUUAUUGGUGCCACACCAUUCUAUAAAUUCAAAAGCGAUUUAUUUAAUUUUUUGUGAGACCACAAUUCAGGUUGCAUAGCAUAUUCUGCUAAAUUGAAAGCCACCACCCUACCCCCCUAAAUUACCCUGAAUAAAUCCUCUAUCUUGGUUAAGCAAUGCGGUCAUCUACAUGGUUAUUUUCCAGGCAUCUGUUUUAAAUUUUAAAGUCUUUUUUUUUUUUGUCCUGUUCCAAGACGUAAACCAGUUAAAUGCAAGGUUUUGGAUAAUCUUAAGAAAUUGUCAGCGUAACCAUUCUCCGAUUGAGUUUUUUUUUUUUCAAAGUUGGAGGUUGAAGUUUAGCGCUUGAUAAAACGAUGCUAUCAUUUUCCCAGUGAUGCAUUAUUGUACACUAUGUGGUUUGUUUAGCUCCUGAGCUAAUAGGACUAACGGCGUGGCUCUGGAAUAACUAUAAGGUUUCCAAGUGUACUGCAUGGUGAAACAUACCACUAAAUCCUCAACUGUGAUGAUGACAAGUUCUCCCACUAGAGUCCAGUCCUCCUCUGAAUCCAGAGAACCUACACAGUUUCUCACCCCCCUCACCCACGACAGUGGUGCUGCUCAGAGACUGUUAAUGUUGGAAACAAUGCACAUAGUACACUGUGAACAGGCUGGCUUCUUUGGGAGACCAGAAAGAUCUUACUUUAGUCACGCAUGAGAGUCCUUGUGAGAUGUUACAAAGCGGGUAUGCUGAACAAAUGUUUUGUACUAUGCUUUUAAUUCAUUUUGUAACCCCAAAUCCUUAUUACCCCUCUCCUGAAAGUGCGCAUAGGCCUGUGUGACGCACUGGGGGUUUAAAAAAAAAAUAAUUGCAAUCCGAAUUCACAUGGCUAACAUGUACUGUACAAGGGAUAGAACCCAAAAUUUCUCAUCAUAAUUUUGAUUCAAUUUUUCUUAAAAUCUGAGAGAAUAAUGUACUUUUUUCUUUUAUCUCUCAUUUAUAUUGUCAGCAAUUGCAUAGUAGGAUUAGAAUGCAUGAAAUCCCAUGAGUUAUUUUCUUAAUUUGUAGAUUAUUUCAACAGCUGUAAAAUGAUGAUACAUUUAGAUAUGACAACCAUAACAAAUUGAAUCUUUUUACUUUUUUUACAUUAAAAAACAAGUCAGAAAAUCCAAAAUAAUAACCAAAUAUUCUAAGCCAAAUGUUGAAUCCACAAAAUUGUCAUUACCAAAUCCCAAUAUUUAAAAUAUAUUUUUUAAGCAAUUACGAAUGUAGACUACUUUGUUUCUGAUUUUUCAAUAAGAAAUUUCUAUUGUAGUAUAUCUAAAAUACUGAUAAAAUUACGUAACUUGUUUUAUCACUAUGAAUAUUUUGGUUAACUGAAAUUAAUAGAUUUUGUAAGUAAUUUAAUCUUGUUUAGCCAAAUGACAGUUGACAGACCUGUGUUUCCCAAACUGUGGGUCAGAGGUCCUAAAUGGGUCCUGGGUCAUAUAUUUUAAGAGUGAAAAAAAGUGCUGUAAAUUGAUUUUAUUGAUGCCAAACUACAAAAGGGCUUUUAAAAAAACUUUAUAAUUCGUGUAUAGUAUGUCCAUGAAAUAUUUUACUAGGUUUAGUUGACAGGAAUGUUUGAGAAAGCUUGUUGUAGAGGAUUUUUUUACAUAGAUAAAGGUUACUUGAUGAUUCUGUCACAAAUCAGUCAACAAAUCUUGUACAGAGACAAAUUAAUUGGAUAGUUUGUUUCUUUGCGUCCACAGAACGUACAGUGUUUGUAACUGUAGAUUGCAUAAUGUUUUGUUAAAAUAAAGGAAAUAAAAAACCAAAUAUGUACAGUGA